GCUCGUUUUUUUUGUGGGUGAAGAUUCAGCCAAUCCAGUCUGAGUGACGCUGGAGCGAGGCUGGACCGAGCAGCUCUGACACACACACUCAUACACACACCCACCCACCCAAACAGCAGCAGCACUGUCCGGGAAGCAGUCAGUCGGGCAGCAGAGCAGCAGCUGUAGACGGACAGAGACGGACGCUUCUCCUCGUCUUUCCGCUGCUCCUCUGUUCGGCGGUGUUUUUUCAGUCUGCCGGAGAGAGCUGUGAGGCAGUGUGUGUAAACGCGCUGUGGUGUCGCUGUGCUGGUGAGGAGAUACAGCGCGGCUCUUCUUCAGGCUGCUCGAUCUUCUGCUCCUGCUGCUGCUGAUUAUUAACGGCCAGCAUCGUCCUCGCGCGCUGAACGAGCCUGCGGUUUGCUGGAUACACAACCGGACUGGACUCAACGGUCAACGGAUAAACAGACCGAGCGAAGAGUCAACGGACAAAUAAACCGAUUUAACUGAAGCGUCAACGACUCAACGUUAAGUUGUCUUAGGAGUCAACGGCUAAAUGAACGGACUGAGCUGGUCGGUGAACGGCUAAAGAGACGGAGUGAACCGAAGAGUCAGCGGGUAACGUUAAAUGAUUUGAAUGAACUGAAGAGCCAAAGUAACAUAAAUAAACCGAAUUAGCUAACCUAGCUAGCUGAAAAUGUCAACAUCUCGUUAACGUGUCUUCAGAGACAGGACCGAACUGGUCAAUGGCUAAACAGGUGCAGCGAGUUAAAGAGUAAAUUAAACCGAAUUAAAAUCAAGAGUCUAGAAUAGACGUAGAUAAUCUGAUUUACCUGAACAUUCAGCAGCUAAACCGUUGCAGUGAGUUAAACAGUCAAUGAGUAAAUAAACCGAAUUAGACUCAAAAGUAAACAGUUAGAUAAACUGGCUGAACUGAAUGCUCAGUGGCUAAACAGGUGCAAUGAACUAAAGAGUCAAAGGGUAGCUAAAUAAACCGACUCAACUGAACUGUCAACGGUGAAACAGGUGCAGUGAGUUAAAGAGUCAACGAGUAAAUAAACCGAAUUAAACUCACAAGUCAACUGUACGAUAGAUAAGCUUACCCAACUGAACUGUCAACGGCUAAACGGGUGCAGUGAUUUAAAAAGUCAAUGAGUAGUAAAUAAACCGAAUUGAACUCACAAGUCAACUGUUAGAUAAACUGACCGAACAGAACUGUCAACGGCUAAACAGGUGCAGUGAGUUAAAGCGCCAACAAGUAAUAAAUAAACCAAAUUAAACUCAAGAGUCAACGGUUAGAUAAACUGACCGAAUUUAACUGUCAGUGGCUGAACAGGUAAAUGACUGAAUAAACCGACUAAAUGUGGGAGUCUCGGCUGAAUAAACUAGCUAGUUAGUUAGCUUAGCUAACUGAACUUUAGAGUCAACGGGUAAACAAACUCACUGUAACAAAAAGUCAAUAAAUAGUUAAAUACACCGAAUUAACUUAAGUGUUAAAGGCUGCUAAGCUGUUGAAUUGCUAACUGAACUAAGGAGUCAGUCUCUAAAUAAAAGGCUAGAAAAUAAACACCUUAACCAACAAGCUUCCUAACAGCUAGGGAACUAGUUAACUAGCGUCAACGGAUAGCCAAACAAAUCUCGGGUUUUUAUGGACUAAAGUCCUCAAUCCCAACAGUCACCCAAUAAAGUGGAAAUAGAAACCCCACUCUCUUCUGGCUAAAACAUGGGGCAUUCCUGUUCUCUCCACACCUUAACCUUCACACUCUUCUCUUUCAGAAACUCCAAAACUCACCAAUAACUGAACAUGGUGCACGUUUAGACGCUCUCUCUCUUUUUCUCACAGCUGUAGAUGCCUCUAGCCUUCUCCUCCUCCUUCUUCUUCUCCUCCCCUUUCCACCUGCCUGCCUUCAGCUCACACCAGUCUCAUCUCUAUACUGGAUUAUAACCUGUUCCCAGUCGGACGCUGUUUAAGACAAGAGAGAUAGAAGGAGGAACCUUUCAUUGUUUCCUUCUCUCUUAAUCUCUCUUUAUUGAUCCUGGAGAGCGUGCACCAUCAUCACCAUCAUCCUCAACAUCAUCACAACCACUACCACCACCUCCAGCAGCAGCAGCAGCAUGGCCCGUGCGCGCUCGCGCUGCCGCUGAGGGUGGGCGCGCGCCUGGUGCGCUCUCUGUGCCAUGUGCUAGUGCGCGCGCUCGCGCUCCCGCACCGCGCCGACAUGAUCCUGUUCCGCAGGUUCCGCGUGCUCAUCCUCACCGUCUUUCUCGUGGCCUGCAGCGUGCACAUCGUCAUCGACCUGCUGCCCCGGCUGGAGAGGCGUAUCGGCAACGCGAGCGGAGCAUCCCCGCAGACCCCCGAGUGCUCGUGCCCGCGCGGCGCAGGUGAGCAGGCGCCCGGAUGGGCCGCUUGGCCCAAUAAACACACGUCCAGACUGCUGCGGGACUUCAGCAGCGAGCCAGGCUCCAACCUCACCUCACACUCGCGCGAGAAGGCCAGCACGGCCGAAGCGCCCAGCAAAGCGGGCAACCAGCAACACCAUCAACAGCAGCAGCAGAACCAGCUAAACCAGCGCGCGAGGCCAGGGCUGGACGGCCACGAGAGGAGAGGUGGGCACGAGAGCGCUUUCAGCAGGAGACCAGCUGCUAAGGGCUCCAGACUGCACGCGCUGUUCGAGCAUCCGCUCUAUAACAGACCCCUGCCCACCCUGACUGAGGAGGACACUCUGUUUAACGUCAACACUGAUAUCAGAUUUGACCCCAAAGCUGCAGAGAACCAAGAAUGGCAUGGUCAGGAGAAGGAUGGAGAUUACGCUCCUACAGGUGAUCUCUCCUCAGACUCUUAUCCAAACUGGCUCCGUUUUCACAUUGGGAUAAAUCGCUAUGAGCUCUACUCCAGACACAAUCCGGUCAUUGAGGCCAUGCUCAAAGACCUGGUUACCCAGAGAAUCACCAGCGUAGCCAUGAAAUCUGGAGGCACCCAGCUGAAGCUCAUCAUGACAUUCCAGAACUAUGGCCAGGCGCUCUUCAAACCUAUGAAGCAGACGAGGGAGCAGGAGACGCCUCCGGACUUCUUCUACUUCUCUGACUUCGAGCGCCACAAUGCAGAGAUCGCUGCCUAUCAUCUCGACAGAAUUUUGGAAUUUCGCCGCGUCCCUCCAGUGGCUGGAAGACUGGUGAAUAUGACCAAAGAGAUCAGAGACGUGACCAGAGACAAAAAGCUGUGGAAAACCUUCUUCAUCUCUCCAGCUAAUAAUAUCUGUUUCUAUGGUGAGUGUUCAUACUACUGCUCCACCGAGCACGCUCUGUGUGGGAAGCCUGACCAGAUCGAAGGCUCUCUGGCAGCGUUCUUGCCUGACCUCGCUCUGGCCAAGCGCAAGACCUGGAGGAACCCCUGGAGACGCUCCUACCACAAGCGCAAAAAAGCAGAGUGGGAGGUGGAUCCAGACUACUGUGAGGAGGUGAAGCAAACUCCUCCAUAUGACAGUGGCACUCGUCUGCUGGACAUCAUGGAUAUGACCAUCUUUGACUUCCUCAUGGGCAACAUGGAUCGGCAUCACUAUGAGACAUUCGAAAAGUUUGGAAAUGAAACGUUCAUUAUUCACCUUGAUAAUGGCAGAGGAUUUGGUAAACAUUCCCAUGAUGAACUCUCAAUCCUGGCGCCUCUGAGUCAGUGCUGCAGAGUGAAGAAGUCCACCCACUUGCGACUGCAGCUUCUGGCUAAAGAGGAGUAUAAGCUGAGUGCUCUAAUGGAGGAGUCUCUCCAGAGGGACUCGCUCGCCCCCAUCCUCAUCCAGCCCCACCUGGAGGCCAUGGACCGCCGGCUGCGACUGGUCCUGCAGGUACUAGCCGACUGCGUGGAGAAAGAAGGCUACAGCAGCGUGGUGGAGGACGACAUGGCCUCAGAAGGCACGGACACGGCCUCGGCCCCAAGGAGGUAGUAGCCCUGGAGGAACCAGGGCCCUGGAGGCCCUCCAAGGGCUCUUCUACGAGUCCCACCGCAGCUCCGUACACCAUGAACGUCUUGCAAGAGAAACUCUUGAUGAUGACUUGUUCUGAAUUCAGUGAAUUCCAAAGACUCAACCAGUGGACCAUGUGUGAUGACCCAAGCACACACACACACACAUACAUAUAUGGGCGACAUGGACGACAUAUAUACUGCUGUCUGAAUACGUGGACUUAAUGUGUCUUAAUAUCAUAGGAGGUCUUUUUAUCUUUGCUCUUGAAAGGCCAGAGCUCACGACUCAACCUUCUCCAACAAACCCAAACACUGGGAUGCUGUGCCAUGCCUGUGUCAGUGUGUGAUUGGUGGGAGAUUCUCAGUGCUCUAGAAUGUUCUCCCCAACUGCAUUCAUGCUUUUCUCGAAUGUUCUCUUCCAUGUACACUCUUUUAGCGUGAAUCUCCAAACUACUUUAUUUACAUUUAUUUGGCUAGUUGGUUCUAAUUCUGGAACAGUAUAAACUGCCAACAGUAGAGCACCGAAGUUUGCUGGAGAAAUUUGGAUCAGUUUGUCAUGGUCUUAUGGCACGAAUGGCAAAGAGUCAAAGAGGAACUCUGCUUUUAACAUAUUUCUUCUUCCUUUUUUCCUUUUUUUAUAAGACAAACAGCUUUUUGAGUGGAGUGCAGGUUAGCUCCAAUAUAUAUAUACGUCGCCAGCUGCCCUGAAAUUAUUUAUUUGACUUUCAUAUUUAUUCAGAUUAAGGUGGUUUACCAAACGUCUCACAUCAAUACAUACAGUACAGAGAUGGAUUCUGAGCAAGAAAACUACAAAUAAUUAGAUAAUUAUUAAGUAAUCAAGUUGCAGUAUUUGUGAUAGCGAAUAGAAAAGUGGCAGUUUUGUGUACUAAAGACAUUCCUAAGAUUCAAGGAUUUAAAGAGACUCUCACUUCAUAAUACCAAUAAAUCACAUUUAAACAACCUCUACCUUUAAUAACCUGAACAGGAAGUGUUUAGAGUUUUUAGAAGGGGCCUACAAUUGUGCAUAUUUGGUAAUAUUUAAUUACAGGACAGCUUAGUUUAUUAAUCACCCAAAUAACAUCAACCAAUACUUGAACAGAUCACCUUCCUUUGCCUUCACAACUUUGGGUUUUUAGCUUAUAAAUGACAUAAAUGAUAUUUCAGUAGUAAUGUUGCCCUCACAUUCACCAGAUCUUCCCCACAUUAACUCGGUUUUGACAGACUGACGGACAUCGUGAUGAUAGAAAAUGCAUUAUAGUUAGUUGUUUAAAUGUUUUAUACAUUUGAACAUAUGGUAGUUUGAGAUAAGUUGAACAUUAGUCUGAGAUGGAUCUUAAUAUAUGCAUAUGAAGGUUUGG